UGCGAUAUAACCAUUGUCGGGUAAGCUUGAAUCGCAAUCGAAAAUUGGAGUUGAGAGUGGCGUCGUAUCUCCUGAAGGUUACCGGUACCGUGUUUUCGUAGUGUCCCGAUUUUAGUAAUCGAUAUUCCUCAUAUCUAUCCAACUUUCAAUUUGGCUCUAAAAAUUUUACUAUUUAUAAACUUACUGUGUGAAAACCUCACUGAAAAGUCGGUGCUUAGGGCUUCAGUAGGAGUUCAUAUUUCUUGCUAGAGUAAUUAAAUGGCUGAUUCGUGGCAGGGUCCGCCAAAACAGGGCCUGUACGACCCGCAGUUUGAAAAAGACGCUUGCGGUGUCGGCUUCAUAGUAUCUAUUGAGGGCAAACGGCAACACAAGAUAGUGCGCGAUGCCCAGAGACUGGCGAUUUCUAUGAACCAUCGUGGUGCAUGCGCUUGUGAUAACGAUACUGGAGACGGUGCUGGAGUGCUCACUGCUAUCCCUCAUGAUUUAUAUUUCGCCAAACUCAAGGAUGAACACAACGUUCAACUUCCCCCAUUCGGGAAAUAUGCCACUGGUAUCUUCUUCCUCGAUAAACUGCACCAUCAGGAAUCCGAGACUAAGUUUGCUGCCCUGGCAGAGGAACUGGAUUUGUCCGUGUUGGCUUGGCGUACCGUACCAACCAACAAUUCCUCCAUAGGCGCCGUAGCAAAGAAUUCAGAGCCGUUUAUGAGACAGGUGUUCCUCACAGUCAAAACAGAUGUACCAGAAGAUCAACUCGAUCGACUUUUUUUCAUUCUACGAAAGCGAGCAAGUCAUACCAUUCCUGCUCCUGGCAAGCGUUUUUACAUUUGCUCCCUGAGCCGAAGGGUUGUGGUCUAUAAGGGUCAGUUGACUUCCGAUCAGCUAUGGACCUUUUUCCCAGAUCUGAUGGAUCCCAUGUACGACACAUAUUUGGCCUUAGUCCACACAAGAUUUUCGACCAAUACGUUUCCUAGCUGGGAAAGAGCACAUCCUUUAAGAAUGCUUGCUCACAAUGGUGAAAUUAACACCUUGAGAGGAAACGUGAACUAUAUGAAAGCUAGGGAAGGCGUUAUGAAAAAUGAAGAGUUCGGUGAGAAAUUGAAGACUUUGUAUCCUGUAGUAGAACCAAAUUUGUCUGAUUCUGGUUCUGCAGACUGUGUCCUAGAAUUUUUAGUUCAUGCUGGUAAUAGAAAGUUACCAGAGGCUGUGAUGACUAUGGUUCCAGAAGCCUGGCAAAAUGAUCCCACAAUGUCAGAAGAAAAGCGAGACUAUUACCACUGGACAGAUUGUACCAUGGAACCAUGGGAUGGUCCCGCAUUGAUUUCUUUCACUGAUGGCAGACUGAUUGGGGCAAUUUUGGACCGUAAUGGACUUAGACCAUCCAGAUUUUAUAUUACCAAAGAUAAUAUGAUGAUUAUGGCUAGUGAGGUGGGUGUAUAUGAUAUCGAUCCUUCAGAAGUCGUUUUUAAGAGUCGUUUGAAACCAGGUAGGAUGUUAUUAGUAGACACCCAAGAGAAAACCGUUAUCCAGGAUAUUACUCUGAAACAAGAAAUUGCCAGAUCGAGACCGCACAGUGAAUGGCUUAAAGAACAGGUAAAAACACAAACCACCCAUCGAAAUUGGACUUCUCAUGUGAUUGAUAUAACUUUUCCAGCUUCGGAAGGGAUUUCAGGUUUCUUGAAGAAAUUGCAGAGUAUAUGUGAAGAAGCUGAAGAUGCAUCUAGGAAACAUCAGAUCAUAAUUCUUUCUGAUAGACUUGCGGGAAAAGAUAGAGUGCCUAUUAGCAGCUUAUUAGCUUUGGGAGCAACCCAUCAUCAUCUUAUCGAAUCACGAUUAAGAAUGAAAAUUGCUCUAGUAGUAGAAACAGCUGAAGCCCGAGAAGUCCAUCAUAUUUGCGUUUUGCUUGGCUAUGGAGCUGACGCAAUUUGCCCCUAUCUUGCUCUGGAACUUGCCUCUAGCCUCCGUGACCAAGGGAUUUUGGAUACCUCACUGACAGAUGAAGCUAUUUUUCAAAACUAUUCCCAAGCAAUGUCAACUGGCAUCAGCAAAGUUAUGGCCAAGAUGGGCAUUUCUACUUUGCACUCAUACAAAGGCGCACAAAUAUUUGAAGCUGUAGGUUUGGCUGAAGACGUCAUAGAGAAAGCCUUCAAAGGCACCCCUUCGAGACUUGGUGGCGUUAACUUAGAAAUGUUAGCUGUAGAGGCUUUUGAAAGACACCAGAAUGCGUACAAGCUAAGUCCGGAUGCUCUUAUUUUGCGAGAUGCUGGAAUUUACCAUUGGAGAGCAGGCGGAGAAAAACAUUUGAAUGAACCAACUAGUAUUGCAGCAUUACAGGAAUCGGCAAUAAACAAAAAUAAAACUGCCUACGAAAAAUUCAGGGAAUCCACUAUGGAGUCGGUAAGGAACUGCAUGCUGCGUGGAAGAUUUGAAUUGAGAACAUAUGAUCAACCCUUGCCCUUGGAUGAAAUUGAACCAGCUUCAGAAAUUGUUAAAAGAUUUGCCACUGGUGCAAUGAGUUUUGGUUCUAUUAGUUUGGAAGCACAUCAAACCCUUGCCAUAGCCAUGAACAGAGUAGGAGGAAAAAGCAACACUGGAGAAGGUGGUGAAAACCCUGAGCGAUAUUUGGAUAAUCAAAAACGAUCAGCCAUUAAACAAGUUGCUUCAGGACGAUUUGGAGUUACAUCAUCAUAUUUAGCACAUGCAGAUGAUUUGCAAAUCAAGAUGGCACAAGGUGCUAAGCCUGGUGAAGGUGGAGAACUACCAGGAUACAAAGUGUCCACUGAAAUAGCCAGAACUAGACACUCUGUAGCAGGCGUAGGUUUGAUUUCACCUCCACCUCAUCACGACAUCUACUCCAUUGAAGACUUAGCCGAGUUGAUAUAUGACUUGAAAUGUGCGAAUCCCUUAGCUAAAAUAUCUGUGAAACUAGUUUCGGAAGUGGGAGUAGGAGUGGUAGCAUCAGGUGUUGCUAAGGGUAAGGCCGAACAUAUUGUUGUUUCAGGACAUGAUGGUGGUACUGGGGCCAGCUCCUGGACUGGAAUCAAGAGUGCUGGUUUGCCUUGGGAGUUAGGUAUUGCUGAAACUCACCAAGUGUUAGUCUUGAAUAACUUGAGGUCGAGAAUUGUUUUGCAGGCCGACGGAAAUAUAAGAACAGGUUUUGAUGUAGUUGUUGCUGCACUACUUGGAGCAGAUGAAAUAGGUUUCAGCACAGCACCAUUAAUAGUCAUGGGUUGUACGAUGAUGCGCAAAUGUCAUUUGAACACUUGUCCUGUAGGAAUUGCUACUCAGGACCCAGUACUCAGGGAAAAGUUCACGGGUCAACCGGAGCAUGUUAUCAACUAUAUGUUUAUGCUCGCCGAGGAGGUUAGAGAGCACAUGUCAAAACUUGGGGUACGUACUUUCCAAGAACUAAUUGGUAGAACUGAUUUACUGAAAGCUGUAGAUAACGGUUCUCAAAAGUCCAAGAUGCUUAAUCUGAAUUUAAUUCUACAAAAUGCACUUCACAUGCGACCUGGUGUUAAUAUUAAAGGUGGCUCUGAAACACAAGACUUUCAAUUGGAGCAACGCUUAGAUCAUCAAUUGAUUGAGAAAGCGAAGCCAAUCAUUGAUGGUGAUGAAAAGUCAUUAGAUAUCGAGAUGAAGAUUUGUAACGAAGAUAGAGCAUUUGGAUCAACGUUAAGCUACCACAUUUCACGUAAAUACCAAGAAGAUGGUCUGCCUGCAGGUAGUCAUAUAAAUAUUAAACUAACGGGAUCUGCCGGACAGAGCUUUUGCGCCUUUUUAGCAAAGGGUGUUACCGUCACUUUGGAAGGAGAUGCCAAUGACUAUGUCGGCAAAGGUUUAUCCGGAGGGGUUAUUGUAAUAUAUCCACCAAAAUCCUCUCCUUUUGAAUCUCAUCUAAAUGUUAUAGCUGGCAAUGUUUGUCUUUAUGGAGCAACUUCUGGAAGAGCUUACAUGAGGGGAAUUGCGUCAGAACGAUUUGCAGUAAGGAAUUCUGGAGCUAUUGCUGUUGUUGAAGGUGUAGGGGAUCAUGGUUGUGAAUAUAUGACUGGUGGAGUUGUCCUGAUUUUAGGUUUGACUGGCAGAAACUUUGCUGCAGGUAUGUCAGGUGGCAUUGCGUACGUGUGGGAUGUUGAUGGCAAAUUCUCAACCAAAUGCAAUAUGGAAAUGGUGGAGUUGUGUAAGCUAGAGGACAAAGAAGAUGUUAUGUUUGUGAAAACUCUCUUGGCUGAAUUUAAACAACUCACCGGAAGCAUUGUUGCUGAAAAGCUUAUAGAUGAAUUUGACGUUCGAAGGAAAGAAUUUGUGAAAGUGUUUCCUUACGAGUACCAAAGGGCCUUGAAACAAAAAGUUGUAGAAACACCGGUGACUCAGGCUCCAUCCAAUGAACCAAAGAUACAGGAUAUAGAAGAUACUAUAGGAGAUUCGUCUGCAGAGCAGAAGAAGGCUGAGAGAGCUCUUGAUAAAGUCAGAGGUUUCAUGAAGUAUCCUAGAGAGACGACUCCCUACCGCCCCGCAGAGAAACGAAUGAAAGAUUGGGAUGAAAUUUAUAACUUUACUCAUGUUCGUAAGGGUCUACGUGUACAGUCAGCAAGGUGUAUGGAAUGUGGUGUGCCAUUCUGCCAAUCUAAUUCUCACGGUUGUCCUUUAGGCAACAUAAUUCCUAAAUGGAACCUUCUUGUCUUUCAGAACCAGUGGAGACAGGCACUCAACCAUCUGCUGCAGACUAAUAAUUUUCCAGAAUUCACUGGACGAGUUUGUCCGGCUCCUUGUGAAGCUGCAUGUGUCUUAGGCAUAUCAGAGCCCAGUGUAACAAUAAAGAAUAUCGAAUGCGCCAUCAUCGAUCAUGCUUUUGAAAAUGGUUGGAUUGUGCCUCAGGUUCCUAGUACUCGUUCGGGAAAAUCGGUCGCCAUUGUGGGUUCAGGCCCAGCCGGACUUGCUUGUGCUCAUCAACUGAAUAAAGUUGGACAUUCAGUGACAGUGUUUGAAAGAAAUGACAGAGUUGGUGGGCUACUCCAGUAUGGAAUCCCUACAAUGAAAUUAAGCAAAACAGUGGUGCAGAGAAGAGUUGAUCUUCUAGCAGCAGAAGGAAUUGUUUUCAAAACAAAUGUCAAUGUAGGAAAAGAUAUUUCUGCGAAAGAGCUCAGUGAGGAGUACGAUGCUGUGGUUCUGACAACUGGGGCUACUUGGCCAAGGGAUUUACCUCUUCCAGGUCGUCAACUGGGAGGUAUCCAUUUUGCCAUGGAGUUCUUGGAAAGUUGGCAGAAGAAACAGUUGGGUUCCCAUCUCGAAGGUCCUCAUGCCAAAGAUAAACAUGUCAUAAUCAUCGGUGGUGGUGAUACAGGUUGUGAUUGCAUUGCCACGUCUUUGAGACAUGGGGCUGCAAGUAUAACAACUUUCGAGAUAUUACCAGAACCAAAUCCAAAAAGAUCAAAUGAUAAUCCAUGGCCGCAGUGGCCCAGAAUUUUCAGAGUUGAUUAUGGUCAUGAAGAGGUCAAAGUAAGAUAUGGUUCUGAUCCCCGCGUCUUCAGUAUUAUGACCCAAGAAUUUCUUGAUGAUGGCAAAGGACAUGUUAGCGGCGUCAAAACCGUCAAUGUUGAGUGGAACAAAGAUGAUAGUGGCCGUUGGCAAAUGAACCAAGUACCUGGUACAGAGAAAAUUUUCAAAGCUGAUUUGGUUCUCCUUGCCAUGGGCUUUUUGGGUCCAGAGAGGGCCAUUGGCGACCAGUUGGAGUUGACUUUGGAUGCGAGAUCGAACUUCAGCACUAAGGAUUACAAAACUAAUGUGGGAAAUGUUUUCGCUGCUGGAGAUUGUAGAAGAGGCCAGUCUCUUGUAGUCUGGGCUAUAUCAGAAGGCCGACAAGCUGCCCGGGCCGUAGAUGAAUACCUUAUGAAGGACAAAUCCACCCUACCAGGUCCUGGCGGAAUAAUCCAACCGACAAUUCAAAUGCUUCCUUGUCCAGUAUAAACAAAUUCGAAUAAAUCGGUCCUUAUUUAUUUUGUGGUCCAGUAACCAUUAAGUAGAUGUUUUCUGUAGAGUUUUGUUAGAUACCUAAGAAAAAAUGUGAAAGAUUGCCAUCAGAGCUGUGCAUGUUUAUGGUAUCAAAAUAUUACCCAGAGUUUAUAUGUGCACUCAAAUAUAUUUGUUUGAAAAAAUAUAUAUUUAUUUAAAUCAUCUGCUCUUCUGUCUUACAGUAUUUCAAAACAGUUUUUGUGCAAUAAUAAUGAGUGGUUGUUCAGCCUCCAUGAGGAUUUUUAUUUUCUCCACCUACUAAAACCAUCCACAGUAGACGGAUGUAUGAUUUUUAUUAUUUGGUUCAACUCAUCUCUAGGAAGAUGAAUAAUUUUUUUCAUGACAAAUGCCAAGGUAUAUAUGGAAAACCUCUCUGAACAUUUAAGAAAUCUGGCACUUUAGAUGAGCUGAACUGAAAAAAAAAA